GAGGUUGAAAAAGGAGCAUUAAAUAGAGAAGACAAUCCAUCCACAACUGUCAAAGCUCUCAGUCACUGUUUCGGAUGACAAAGGUUGUGGUGAAAUUACUAAUUACAUUGUGACAGAUGUUGCUACUGGGGAAGAACUAACAUCAGAAAUUGCUUUGGGUGGUGAUGGUAAAGUGACUCUUGAAGUGUCAGGGUUGGAAGCCGAUAAAGAAUACAAACUGCAGGUUUCUGUCAGUAAUUCAAAUGGUAAUAAUAGUCCAGCAUCAGUUGCAGUCACUAUCAAAACUGAACCGUUUGAGGAAUCUACAAAUGCACCAGGCAAGAAAAAAUGAUGAUGACAGUCUUUCAACAGGCAUUAUUGCUGGUUUGGUUGCUGGAGUUGUGGUGCUCAUUAUUCUCAUUGUGGCUGGUGUGAUAUUGAUAUUGUGUAUAUACCGAAAGAAGAGCUGUGUGGACAGCUCAAUUGACACGACAAUGAGAAGUCAUAUGUAUGAAGAUCCUGCGCAAUUGUCGAGCGGAGAUGUAGUGAUGCAACAAUCUAGUGCAUAUGACAUAAUGGAAGAAGAGAGACGAGGCAAUAGCUCUGAAAUAAGAAUGCAAGAAUCACGAGCAUAUGAAAGUUUACCGACUCAAGCUGGUGCUGGUAGUUUUCCUAUUCAUUCAACUGUAACUCCUUUGUAGUGCUGUAAUAUAGUAUACAUACAUUAUAUACAACAAUGCUUUGCAUUUUUGACUAGUAUACUAUACAUGCAUUGCUUUUGUUAGAAUAAUAUUAGUAUCUUUUACUUGUAGACUUAAUUGCUCUAAAAUUAAGAGUUUUAUUGAUUGUAGUCUUUGCUGUUCUGUAUGUAGCAGUCUCAGCUGUAGACAUUGAACUUUUUUUGUAUCAUAGAUGGUACACCUAAUUUGUAU